AUGUCCAUCCUCUCGCUGGUCGAGGACCGACCAACCCCUCGGGAGGUCUACAACUGGCGCGUCUAUCUUCUCGCUGCCGUUGCCUCCUUUACCAGUUGCAUGAUUGGCUAUGAUUCCGCGUUCAUUGGCACGACUCUCAGUCUCGAUUCCUUCAAGGAUGAGUUCCGGUGGGAAGAGAUGAGCGACAGCAAGCAGCGCUUGGUCAGCGCCAACAUUGUCUCCCUCUACCAAGCCGGUGCCUUCUUCGGUGCUCUCUUUGCCUACCCUGCCGGUCACUUCUGGGGCCGCAGAUUGGGCCUUAUGGCCUCUGCUCUGGUCUUCUUCCUUGGUGCUGGUAUGAUGCUGGGUGCCAAUGGCGACCGUGGACUUGGCCUAAUCUAUGGUGGACGUGUGCUCGCCGGUAUCGGUGUCGGUGCUGGUUCCAACCUCUGCCCGAUCUAUAUCUCUGAGAUGGCGCCCCCUGCCAUUCGUGGUCGUCUUGUCGGUGUCUACGAACUGGGAUGGCAGAUUGGAGGUGUUGUCGGUUUCUGGAUCAACUAUGGUGUGGAUGAGACCCUCGCCCCUAGCCACAAGCAAUGGCUCAUCCCCUUCGCCGUGCAACUCAUCCCCGCUGGUCUGCUGAUCAUCGGCGCCAUCUUCAUCCGCGAGUCUCCUAGAUGGAUGUUCCUACGUGGCAAACGUGAGCAGGGCAUUGAAACUCUCGCCUGGAUCCGCAACCUCCCCGCCGACCACAUUUACAUGAUGGAGGAAGUGAGCAUGAUCGACCAGUCUCUCGAGCAGCAGCGGGCAAAGAUUGGUCUUGGCUUCUGGAAGCCCUUCAAGGCCGCUUGGACCAACAAGCGCAUUCUCUACCGUCUUUUCCUGGGUAGCAUGCUGUUCCUCUGGCAGAACGGUUCUGGUAUCAACGCCAUCAACUACUACAGCCCUACUGUCUUCCGCAGUAUUGGUGUCACUGGUGGUAACACUAGUCUCCUUACAACGGGUAUCUUUGGUGUCGUCAAGGCUGUCAUUACUUUUGUCUGGCUACUAUACCUAAUCGACCACAUGGGCCGCCGUCUCCUUCUCCUCGUCGGUGCCGCCGGUGGGUCAAUUUGUCUGUGGGUUGUGGGUGCGUAUAUCUGUGUGGCGAAGCCCGAGAACAACCCCGAGGGUACUCAACUCGGUGGAGGCGGCAUCGCGGCCAUGUUCUUCUUCUACCUGUGGACGGCCUUCUACACUCCAUCCUGGAACGGUACCCCAUGGGUCAUCAACUCUGAAAUGUUCGACCCCACUGUUCGAUCUCUCGCCCAAGCCUGCGCUGCGGCCUCCAACUGGCUCUGGAACUUCCUCAUCUCGCGCUUCACCCCGCAGAUGUUCGAUAAGAUGAGCUACGGCGUUUACUUCUUCUUUGCAUCUCUGAUGAUUCUCUCUAUCAUCUUUGUGUGGUUCCUCAUUCCAGAGACCAAGGGUAUACCGCUGGAGAGCAUGGAGUCGCUCUUCGACAAGAAGCCCGUGUGGCGGGCUCAUGCCAUGCUGCUCAAGGAGCUGCGCGAAGACGAGGAGCGCUUCCGUCAUGAUAUUGAGGAGACCCAGUACAAGCGGGCUGGUAUGCAGGAACACAUUGAGGAGGCGAAGGUCUAA